AUGAGAAAAAGAGGAAAUAUAAAAAUUUUCGAACUGGAAGAAAUAAUUUUUAUUUUGCUAAAUUGCUUAGAUCAAGACAAAAAAUUGAACAAAGAAGUUGUGAACACUCUUAAGACUUAUAUUACUCAUCACGAAUGUGAAAUUUUAAAUUAUGUAUUUUCAUUUUUACAAAUCCAAAAAGUUAGUCAUGAAAAUCAGAAAUAUUUGCUAUACUUAAUAUACGAUAUUAUCUAUUAUAGUGUCUAUAAUAGCUUUAGCAAUAUAUUUGAUGAAUAUUUUGAGAAUGAAAAAAAGGGCAAAGAUGGUAAAAAAAAUGAAGAUAAAAAAGAUAAUGAAAAGAAAAAUGAAAAUGUAAAAAUAAGCAAAAAUGAAAGCAACAAACAGGGAAUAAUGUCCAUGGAGAAUAAUAUUAACGAUUAUAUUAUAGAUAUAAAUAUAUUUAAUAACAUUAUAAAAUACACAUUUUUUGAUGGAGACGAGUAUUGUUUUAUAUACAACAAUGAGUUUGGGGACAAUAAUAAUGACCAUGAUAAUAAUUAUGAACCUAUGGAAUUGAAAGACAAAAUGAUUAAUGAAAAUAGUAGCAAUUAUAGCGUUCGAAAUAUCCGUAAUAUAGGCUCGUUAAACUUUUGUGGCAAUACAAAUAGUUUGAACCUUUUUACACAUAAUAAAAUAUCCUUUUUGAAAUGUGUAAAAAAGGAAAUAUAUAAAAUACUUUUAGUUAAUAAAAAAAAAUCAGCUAGUGAUAAGCUAGUUAUGUGUUGUACCGACAAUAUAUACAAUAAACAUAAUAUAAAAAACUCCGAAAUAAAUAAAAUUAUUAAAAAUAUAAUUAAUUUUAUACUUAAUGAAAUGAUAUUUAUAAAAAAGAAUGACGAAAGGCAUGCCAUAAUGACCAAGUUAUUAAUUCUAUGCAUAAUGAAAGAAGAUUAUUAUUUAAAAAAAAAAUUAAUCGAAAAAAUUAAUUACUAUAUUUUGGAAAAUAAAAGUGAAACUAAUGAAGAUUGUAAAGAUAACGACAAUGGUAAUAACAAUAGCCUUAGUAACACACCAAAAAAAAAUAAUAAUAAUAAUUGUAGAAUUAAUUCCAAUGUAUAUAUAUAUCUAGAUUUAUAUAUAGACAUAUUUAUGCAAGUACCUCACCUUUCUAAAAAUGUUCUUAUUGAUAUAUUUAAAAUUAUAGCACAUUUAAUCCACAACAAUAGUGAUAAUACUACUAAUAAUAUCAGCAAUAAUAGUAACAACAAUAAAAAACAUAUAGAUAUGAUGCAUAAAAUAUUUUUAAAAAUAUUUUACAAUCUUCAUUUUCCUUCCAUUUUAUAUAAUAUAAUUAAUAUGGACGAAAAAUAUAAAAAUCAGAAUUUUAUAAUAUUCCCAAAUAAAAAUAAUGCAAAUGUAUAUAUUGAAAAUAAUGUAAUACAUUUGUCACUUGAAAAUACAAGUGAAGAUACUUGUACAACAUAUACAAGAAAUUCUUCUGUGAAUUCAAAGGUAUGUAAGCAAGUUAGUAAUAGUUAUGUUUUUAACGAUAAUUUAAAUUACAAUCAAUUAUAUCAAGGGAAUAUGAAAAAUAAAGAUAAUAGUAUGAACAAAAUGAUUAGCAAUAAGGUUAGUGAUGAAGACAUGGUUGUUAAAAAUAAUGGAGAAUGUAUUGUGAAUUCAAUUGGUAUUGAAACAGAAAAAGAAGAAAGUAAAACAAAAAAAACAACCAAAAUAAAUGAACGCGCUUUCUCAAAAGGGUCAGAAAACGAGAAUAAUAUUUUAGCAUAUUCCAAAGAAAAUAAUAAGUUGAUAUGCCAAAACAAUAGUGAAAAUUUGGAUAAACAUUUUAGUAUAAACAGUGAAUCACUAAAUGAAUUGAACAAUGGAUUAAAUAAAUUUAGCGGAUUGAGGAGUGAUGAAAAGGAAAAUUCAUAUGAAAAAAAAAAUAGACAUGAAAAUUGUGAUGCAAUACAAAAUAGUAAAAUCGUGAGAGGGAUUAAAAGGAAUGAAUCAUCAAUUUCUCCGAGUAAAUAUAGUGAAAUAAUAAAAACAGGAAGGGAAGAUAUACAUGAUGUAUGCAUACAAAUAUUAAAUAAAUAUUUAAAUAUAAUUUUGGAUAUAAAAUAUAAUCAUGAAAAUUAUACAAGAAUACUUUAUAUUAUAUCAAAAUUAUGUUUAUAUAUAAAUAAUGAUGAUUCUAUAAAAAAUGUCUUAGAAAUAUUUAUAUUUUAUUUCUUUUCAUUUUUCAACGCUACUAUUAAUAAUAUAUUAAUACAUGAUAUUUCGAGUAUAUAUAAUAAUGAUUCAAAAAUACAUAUAAAUUAUAAAGCAUUGAAAGAGUUACCCAAUUUUAAUAUAAUAAAAAGCUUUAGAAUAAUUUUACAACAUUCUUUAUCAAAAAUAGAGCAUAUAGUAAUGUUUACUAAUCAAAUAUUAACACUAAAUUAUUAUUUUUUAUAUAUAUUAAUUAAUCAGAAUUGUUCUAUUAACAAUUCAGGUGAUAUUAUUAAAAAAAUAGCAUCGAAUUUAUAUAAGUGGACAUAUAUAGAAAUUGUUGAAAUUUUUAAUAUCUUUAUAUCGUGUAUUUAUACGAAUAAUUAUGUCUUUAAUUUUUUGAAUGAAAAAUUAAAAUUGGACAAUAAAAUAGAUAUAAUAGCUUCCUUACUUGUAUUGAAACAAUACAUCGUAUUGAUAUCAAGCGAUUUGAGCAAUCAUAAUAUAAGUUAUAUUUCGAAUCAGAAUAUAAAAAAGGAAUACGAUGUAUAUAAUGGGGAUCAAGAUGAUUGGAAAUCUAAUGGUUGUUAUCACAAGGAAUAUACAAAAUGUUUUACAAAUUUAAAUAGCUUCAUAAGUGAUAUACAAAAUAUUAAUGCAAAUAUAGAAAUUAUUAUUCAAAUAAUUUCCACAGUAUGUGAAAGGUUUAAUAAAGAUUUAAACAUUAUAUAUUUGGUGCUUGAAAUUAGCUUACUUUUGUCAUAUAAUGAAUAUUUCAAUUAUUAUUCAUAUAACCCUAAUGUGAUAUUUGGUUUGCUCCCAAAUAUUUAUAGUCCCUUAACUGUUAUGCGUAUUAAAAAUAAGAAAACACAAAAUCUAAUCAUUGACCAAAUAAAAUCAAAAUCCGUUUUCCAAAUCAAGCAAAAUGUCAUUUCAAGCAGUGAAAAAUGUACCUUGAAUAAUAUAAAUUUUGAGGGAAACACAAAAAAUAAUGAAAACCAUAUUUACAAUGAAUUUUAUAAACAAAAGAAAGAUAACAUGGAUGAAAAUACCGAGCAUAUUGAGAAAAGCAAAGAUAAUAAAGAAGAAAGCAGUGUAAACGAAAUAAACACAUGGGCUGUUAUACCAAACAAAUAUAUAAUCAAUAUAUUUCAGCUCUUUAUAAAUAUAUUGUUAAACGAAGAAGAAUGUUCUAGAAUGAAGAAUAGAAACUAUGGGUACUCAGUUGAUAAGGGUGAUAUAAUAUACAUAACUCAAAAUGAAAGUAACAACACUAGUAACCAAUUUUAUAGAAAUGAUAAUACUGUUGAUAAUAAUUGUCUAACAAAAAUAAAUAUCAUCGUACAUAAUCAAAUGUUUUAUGAUAUGUAUGAUCACUUUUUUAUUUAUAUGCACCCAUCAGUAACUUAUAUAAAAAGACUAAUUUCAGAGGCCUUUCAGUAUAACUUUUCUAUAUAUUCAGCACGGGUUUUAUAUCCAUUAUUAUUUGAAUAUUUAAUGAAUAUAAAAAUAAAUUAUAAAAUAGUAAUUAUACUUUUAAAAUGUUUAAAUAUUAUAUGCAUAUCGUUAUAUAAUUAUAUGAGUGUACAAAAUUUAAGGAUCCAUUCAAAUUUUCAUUUUAAUUUUUUAAUUUUACCAAAUAUGAGCCAAAUUAUGUCAAUUCUAUUUAUGUAUUGCUAUCACGAAAAUUAUGUUAUAUCGUUCUUAAGUUUACAAUUAAUUUCGAUUUUAAGAAUUUUUACACAAAAUACAAGUAUUAAGAAUGUUCAAUCACUUACCUAUUUUGAUUUAAUGCUAAAUAUUUUGAAGUGGUGUUUCAAAAUAAAAGACAAAGACAAUAUCAGGAAAUUCGAUAGUAUAUUUUCUGAAGAAAAAUACAACAGAAAUAUAUCGAAGGACAUAAAUAGAAGUGGAUAUAAUAAUACCAUUCAAAAGACAGAGAAAAAAAGGAAGUACUAUAAAAUGUUGAUAAAAUUAUGCUAUAUAAAAAUAGCAAAGAUUAUAAGUAAGAAACUUUUAAAUACAUACCUGAAAUCGUAUUCUUUAAAAUAUGUUAAAAAAAGCACAAACAGAAAAAUAAACAGAAUAAUAUCCACAUAUUUUAAUUUAGAUGUGAAACAGAUUGAAAACCUUAUACAAAGAUAUGAUAUUGAUUACAAUAAUAAUGUCUCAAAUAUGAAUGCGUCAAAUUUGAUGAAUGUUAAUGCGGAAGUAAAGGAAAAUAUUAACAUAACUUUGUUCGAAAAUUUUGAGUAUAUAAAUAAAAAUAUACACAAGAUUAUAAAACUAAGUAGUAAGUUUUUUAAUAAUUAUGUAAAACUAGAAAUAAAUAGUAUUUUUAAUCCUCAAACGUAUGUAAUAACAUUUUUUUGCAUAUUAAUAGAACAGUUAAAAAUAGUUCAGAAUAAUUUAGAGUUUGAAAAUAAUACCUUGUUUUAUAUUACCACAUUAAAUAUGCUAUGUAUAAUUUCAAAAUAUUUGCCAAAAAAUUAUACAAACAUAUUGAUAACAAUUUUUUUCAAACUAAAUCCAGAUGUCUCAAUAAAUGAAAAUGAAAAUUUUCUUUUAUCAUUGUAUUAUAAUUUUUCUUAUAUUUAUAAAACACAUAUUUUUAAUUUGUAUAAAGAAAAAUGCACAACUUUACAUACCAAAAAUUGUAUUGAGUCUAUACAUUUAAUAAGAAAGGAUAUUAAUAGUAUGCAUUUAAAAAAAUAUAGUGAUAACCAAAUUGAUUUUAAUAAUUUUAUGCUUUUAUCAAAUACAUAUAAUAGUGACAUAUCUAAACAAAAAAAUAUUGAAAGUGUUCUAAACUUUAUUUACAAAUAUAUAAAGGUUUACAACAGUAAUAUUAAGAAUGCUUUUGAUUAUUUUAUAGAAGAGAAACAUAAAAAACAGAUGAAUAAUGUUGGCAAAAGCGACCCCAGUUUGCUUUAUAAGCUUAAAAAUGCGUUAGAUAAAAAAAAUCAGGUAAUACAAAAAUUAGUAGACUUAUUAGAAAGUAAAUUAGGAAUAUAUAUUCUUCAAACAGAUAUAAAUUAUUCUAUAGGAAAUAUAUUCAAACAAGAGAUGGUGUCAUAUUAUGUUGAAAGUAUAGUGAACAAAAAAAAUGUUGUAUGGAUGUUAUAUUUAUUAAAUAAUAUAUACUAUUCAGAUAUUGCUAAUAAAAAAGGUAGUGCAUUUUCCUUAUUUGGAAAAUCGGCAAAUGUUAUACAUUCUGAAAAUAUGCGUAAUACAUUAAUUUUAAGUAUGGGAGUGUGCCUUGAAAAAAUAACAAAAACUAUAAAAUUUGAAGAUUUAUAUAAAAUGAAUCAAAUUUAUGUGAAUAAUGAAAUAUUUGCUAUUUAUGUCAAAUGUGUAUAUAAUAACAUCUCAAAAUAUAGUUGCUAUUUCAAAAAUAUUUUUUUCAAUAAAAAGGACCAAUCCCAAAUAAAUUAUGGUGCAAUUGAAAAGGACAUAAUUCAAAAUAGACAAAAAUAUGCAGAGAAAAUGUUUAAAGACGAAAUUAAUCAACAUAUAAAAAAUAAAAAUGAGUUAUUUGCAUUUCUUAACAAAGAACAAAAUGCCACUUAUUUGAACGAUUUUACCAAAUUAAAUUUCAAGGAUGUUAUCCAAAAAUACGCUUGUAAUGAAAAUUACUCUUUUUUUAUAUUCGAACUUUUAGUGGAUCCAAUUAUAAUUGCUCUUUAUCAAGAAAAGGAGCCAUGUUUGCAAAAGACAUUGAUAAAAUCAUUGAAAAAAAUAGCCAAACAAUUGAAAAAAAUUAAAUAUACCAACAAUUUCAAGGAAAACUAUAAUAGCCAGGAGGAUAAUAGCCUCGAAUGGGAAGAAGAAAAUGGAAGCAUAUCAGAUUUGGGAAAGGAAAAAAAAAAAGAGUUUUCUGAUUUCUCUCAAAAAGUGAAUAGAAAAGAGGAUAAGUAUAAUUGUAUUUCAUUUUUGGAUACAAAAAAUAAGGAAUGCAUAGUUGAUGAUAUAUGUGAAAAUUAUAUAAAAAAUAAUAGCAUAAAUAGUGAUAAAUUUUAUUCGUGUCUUUACUUAUAUAAAUUUAUUAUAAUAUAUUCUUCAUUAUGUUGUAUAUCAAAUAUUUCUAACAAUCCCAUUCCAAUAUCUGGAGAUAUAAGCAUUUAUAAUGUGGAUAAAUUCGUCGUAUUUUUUAAAAGCAGCAAUGAUAAUAAUAAGAAUAAUAGUGGAAAUAUUUUUGAAUAUUCAGAUAAAAGUGAAUACUAUUUUAGAGAAGAAAUUAUUAAAAAUAAUAUAAGUGGAAGUCAAAUGGCCAAAAAUGAAAAAGAUCUAAAUGAGAAAAAGAAUGAUUCUUUUUAUAUUAGAGAAAUCGAUAAAGUGAAUAAAAAAAUAGAACAAGAAUCAUUCGAUUCUACACCACCUUUACAAACAAAUAAACAAGAUGGAGUACCUAGUGACAACAAAUUAUUUGAUCGAAACAUAAGCAAUGAUUCGUAUGAAAUUCUUUUAAUCUCUCUGAAAACGAUUUAUUACUGUUUGUAUAUAAAACAGUAUCCUCUAAACAUGCAAACAAUACUCAUAAUUUUUGAUGUACUUGUAAAUUUAUUUUUAAAACUUGUAUUGGAUCAAAAAGAUAAAAUUCACAAAAAACUGAUGGAAAGUAAAAGUAAGGAAGAUAAACAGACAGCUAAUGAGGGUAAAGCAAAUAAUUAUGGCAAACAAAUUGACACUGAUAAAAUAAAGAAUAAAGAAAUCAGCAAUCAAAUAGAUAAAAAAAGAUUCAAAAAAUGGGAUGAAACAAAACGUAAAAAAAAGAGUGAUAAGAAUACGAUCAGUUUUAUUGAUGGCGCAUAUAGCAUUGUGAAAAAAAAUGUUCGCUCAAAAAACUUUGAAAGCAUACCAAAUUCUGUAUAUGGUGAAGAAAUUUAUGAAAAUAUAAACAAAAAUAGAAAAAGAACAAUAAGUAAUGAUAAUAACUAUACUAAGAAACCUUAUAUGAAUAGUUCAAAUAACACGAAUCAUUCAAAGGAUACUGAGCAAAUCGAAAAAAAGACAUCAGAUGUACUUAUAGAUUCAUUUAUAAAUGAAGUAAAGGAUGAACAUAAAAUAAAUAAUAUAAAUGAACAAAUGAGUUAUCCUUUUUCAAAACGAAUUGUGAAGAAUAAUAUGAAUUGUUCGAAAGAUAUAUUCAAAGGGGGAAAUAGAAAUUCAAAUAGUUCGAUAAUAGUAUAUAAUAAUGAAUAUAUAAAAUGGAAUAAACAGAAAGAAAAGAUACUAAUAAAUAAUCGAGUGCGAAAAUUGGAAAAAGAAAAAUGGAUUGGAAAAAAUAAUAAAAUAUUUUAUAAUUUUAGUAAAUAUGAAAAAGUAUCUUUGCUGUGUUUAAAUUACAUUAUUUGCAUUCUUGUUAAAGCUGUUUCAAAUAUGAACUAUUUUCCCUUUAUAAUUAAACUAAUAAAAUAUAUGCACAAUACAUACAUAUCGACAAAUAUUGAUGAAGUUAAGUUUGUAGUGUUCAGAAUAAUAACAGAAAUUGUGAUAAAUUCCCCAUUUUUAUCUCAAAAAUGGAAAACUGAACCUGUAGCAAAUCAUAAAAUAAAAGUGGAAAAAAAAUCCAAUGGAUAUAAAAGUGAGGAAAUUAUGUUGGAUGAUUCAGAUACUAAAGAAUAUAGAGAAGACAGUUAUUUAUUAAGAGAUGAAGAAAAAAAAGAAAAAUAUAAUAAUGAGGUUAGUAAUGACAAUAAUAAUAAAAAUACGGAAGGAAUUAAAAGUAUACUAUCUUAUAAUUCGUCUAAUUUUGAAAAAUAUAUUAACUUAGUUUUUUCUAAUAAUAAUAACAAUAUAAUACCGUAUGAUAAUUUAAUCGAUUUAAAUAAUUCAGAUGAAAAAAGGGAAGAAAUAUUUUUAGAAACACAGCCAGAAAAUAUAAGAACAAAUCCAUCAGAUGAUGAUAAAAGUAGUCAGAGCCAUUACAAUCCCAUAAGUGAAGAUAAUAAUAAAAAACAUGAAAAAGAUAAAUUAAAUGAAACUACAAAAGAUAAAGAUACAUUAGAUAGUUGUGAAGGUGAUAUUUUUAACACAAUUCCUGAAGUUGUAAAACAGGAUAAAAUAUUAGAUAUCAUUAAUAAUAACUUUCGCAAAGAUGAGAAAACAAACUUGGAUAAGUUAGAAAAUAUUAAUUUGAAAAAAUAUGAAAAGAAAAAGUAUAAAUAUGGGCAACCAAAUGGAAGAAAUAACCAAAAAAUAUAUUUAUGUGAAUGUUUGGGUUUGUUAAUCCCGUAUAUAAAAGAUAAAGAACAGAUAAUUCGAUAUUUUAGUAUUUAUUCUAUUUGUAUAUUGAUAGGAAAAUUAAAAGGGUUUAAAAUUGUGAAUAAAAAUCAUUUUAUUUAUUUUUUUUUAAACCCAUUGGAUAUCAUUAUAAAUAUGUUACAUAAAUUAGAUAUGGCUAAUAGCAGAAGAAAAGGAAAGAAAUUCACUAGCAUGGAAAAAAAGAAAACCUAUAUCAAGAGUAAAAUGAUAAAAAGCAAAACAAAAACAAAAUUAAGUAUACCCCUCGAAAGGAUCAAUAAUAAAAAUAAAAACUAUUUGGAUGACAAUGCAAAUUACGACAAAGAUGGAAACUAUAAUUAUGAACAAGCAAUAAAAGGUUCAAAAAUGUUAAACAUCGAAAAUAUAAAUGAAAACAGCUUCGAAAAUGACAACAAAAUUAACGAAGACUCUAAACAUAUUUACUAUAAUGAAAAACUUAUUAAAAACCGUGUUAUGUGUGAACAAUCUAAUAAAAAUUUGAAUACUAUGUCUGAUAAAUUAUUGAAAUUAUGUAAAAAUAAAAAAUAUUAUUACAAAAAAAUAAACAAUUUAUAUAACAUUGAAUUUCACAACGAUUUUUGUAAGUCUAUCGAAAAGAAAAUGAAAGAAAUAUAUAACGAGAAAUACCAAACAAAUAUUACCAAUAAAUUAAGAAAAAUAUUUGUGCAUAAUAAAAGGAACGAAAUAGACAUAAUUAAAAAUUACAAAAAACUUCCUAACAUAAUUAACUAUGUAAUAAAUGAAUAUUUUACAGAAAAAGAGAAGAAAUCAUAUAUAAAUUCCCUUUUCAGUUGUAUUCAUAAUAAAAAUAAAAACGUAUCAAUUUACGGAAUAAAUUUGCUCAUGUAUAAUAUAUCUAAUAAGAAAAUUGACAAAAAUAGUAUUGAAACUGUUAUGAAUAGAAUAUUCAGUGAGUUGUAUUAUUAUACUAAGGCAAAUGUGUUAAUAAAUGUGAGCAAGGAUAUAACAGCAAUAAAGAACGAUAGAAAAAAUAUAAAUGAAAAUGAUCAGAAUAAGAAUGACAACAAUUCCAAUAACUCGAAGGAUCAUGCUAGUGAAAAAAAAGAAUUAAAUGAGACGUUAGAGAUAUAUAGAAAUAUAUGUUUGGAAAUAAAAAAGAAAGAGGAAAAAAAAAAUAUUUUAGAAAAAUAUUUAUAUAUAAUUUUAUUAAUGUGCAGAAAACAUUUUUAUGUUAUGAUAAAUAAAUUAUGCACAUUACAAUCGAAAUAUAAUUAUGAACAUAUAUAUUUUAUAUAUAUGAUAUGCAAUAAUGAAAUAUUAUUAUAUAAAACCUUAGAUUAUUUAUUUUAUAUUUUGAAUAAUUUGAAUAUACUUAAGCUGAAUAAUAAUCUAAGCAAUAUAUUGUCUCUACUAUUUCAUAUACUUAAAUUUAGAAAUAAAUUUAUAAAAAAAUAUUCACAGAAAUAUUAUGUUGAAUUAUUUUUAAUAGUCUUUUAUGUUCUCGGUGUUAAACAGCUAUCUCACAUAAACACUAGUCAAGAAAUUGAUAAAAGCGAACGAGUAGGAAAUAACAAAUAUAAUAGUAAUUUCAAUAGAAAUGGUAGUAUAAUUUAUAAUAAUUUGAAUAUAAAAUCAGUAUUUGAAAAUUUCAGUCUAGACAAAACGAAUGUCUUGGGCAAUUACAUAAAAAUGGUGCCUUCUAGUGUUGAAAAGGAUAACAAAGACGAUGAUAAUAAUAAUAUUAAUAAUGAAACAUUCGGAAAACAAAAUGUUUACGAAAAUGAAAAAAAUUAUUAUAAUGCUAUUGGAAGUGAAACAAAUGAUGAUAAAGAUGCACGAGAAGGAAAUAAUGAGAAUAUUGAUUAUAUGAACAAAAUUGAAGGAAAGAUAUCUUCAAAAUAUAGUGAGGGUGACAAUAAUAAUGAUAUAGAACGAAUAGAAAUAGGUAUUCAAAAUAGUGAAUGUCCAAAAGCCCCAAUUUUUGAAGAGAAGCUAACUAGUUCUCAUUUUUUUAUAAAACGAAAUGGCGAAUUUAGAUUUACAAAUAUGAAAAAAAUAUCGAAAGAAGAGUACAAUAAAAAGAUAUACAAAAAUUAUACUUGUAGUAUAAGUGUAAAUAAUAGUUUGAAUUGUUUAAAUAUAAUAAAAGAAAUAUUAAAAUUAAAUAAAAAGAAAAAAAUAUUAAAUUAUUACAAAAAUAAUAAUCUCGAAAAAUUAUUAUAUUAUAAACAUUCAUUUGAAAGUGGAUUAAUAAAAUAUAUAUAUAUUUUUUUAAAAAAUAAUAAUGAUUGUUCAAAAGCAUUUAAUUUUUUAAAUUUUUUCAUAAAAAGUAAUAACAUAAAUUAUAUAAUAAUUUCCUUGAUCAUAUUGUCCCAGAUUCCUUUGUGUGUAUUUGCACUGAAGGAUAGAAGAGAUGUUGUUUCUGUCAAUACUUCAGAAAUCCCAUCGACAGUUAGCUACUUGUCAAAAAAUCUAAAAAUAAUAAAACCAAUGGUUUCAGUAUUGUAUUACAUUAGCUGUAAAUAUAAAAACAGCUAUGUUACGAAAUAUUUGCACAUAUCAUUUAAGAACUUAUUUAUAAUAUUUAAAGACGUAAUUAAUUAUCAAAAAAAUAAUAACAUGGAAAUAUUCUCUCUAUAUAUAAACGAAAAAUAUGCUUUAAACAUAUUGAACUCUUUAUUUAUUAAUUUAUUCAAUAACGAUCAAAAUUGUAUUAAAAAUGCUUUAAAGGCUUUCAAACAGGCGUGCAAGUAUGAAAGCAAAUUUUGGCCAUCAAAUGCCUGCGCUUCCUUUAUAAAUACCUUAUGUAAUCCGAAUAUUAUUUUUAUAUAUUUGAAUAGUAAUGAAACUAUGGAAAAAAUAUAUAUAUGCAAGAUAUUGUGUGAGGUUUUUAAAACAAUGCACCGCGAAAAGGAAAAUGCAAUCAGAAAAAAAAAUGAACAGAAGACUUUUGUUGAAUUAAAAUCUCAUCAUAACUAUAUGUGCAAUUUAAAAAAAAAACACAUUUAUGAAAUUGCAACAUAUUUAAUGAUACAUUUAGUGGAUAAGAGAAAAAAUGUUUCUCUAAACGUUUGGUUAGCUCUAAAAGAAUUGAUAAAAUUUAAAUUUUCUGAUCACGCAAAGCCUACUUUAAAUUUUUUUUAUUAUAAAAUGUUUGUAUCGGAUGAUGAAAAACAUGAUUUUGAGGAAAAUUAUAAAUCUGCUAAAAAAAAAAAGAAAAAUAUGAAAAAAAGAAAGGACCAAAAAAGGGAUACUCCCAUCAAUAUAAAUAAUAAUACGAAUACAGACACAUUUGUACAAAAACACAACCAUAAUGUUGAUGAGCAAAUAAAGGAUAUGAAUAUGAUAUAUUAUGGCGAAAAAAAACAUAUAACUGAUCAUAAGACACAAAUAGAUGAUACUAUAAAUAAUCCGCCAUGUGAAAAUUUUUUAAAAAAAGAAAAAAGAAAUAAGAAAAAAAUGAGCAUAGUAAAAAGAGCGUACAAUUACACAGACCCAUCCAAUAUAAUAGUUGGGGAAUUAUAUCAAAGUUCCAAUUUAAAAAAUGGAAACUUAUUUGUUUAUAACACUGAUAAAGGUAACGGCGCGACUGAAAAAAAAAUACUUAUAAAUAAUGAUAAAACAAAUAAAAUUAAAAAAAAUAACACGAUAAAAAUAACAAAAAAACGAACAUACAUCACUACUGGUAACAGUGAUCAUGAUAGGAUAAAUAAAAUGAAUAAACAAAUAGGCAAUAGUGAAUCAGAAAAUACGUGCAAUAAUAAAACCCAAAAAAUUAAUAUGUAUUAUUACAAAUUAUUCAUUGAAAUAUUUAUACCCCUUAUAAUAUGCAUAGAUACAAAAAUAUCAUAUCGAAAAAAUUUGUUCAUAAGUAUAUAUAAGUACUUGGCUGAGAAAAAAUAUGAAGAAAAUCAUGCUCGAAAUAAUUCAUUGUUUCAAAUUUGUGACCAUACUGAAUUGUAUAAUAUAUUUUUUAGUGAAAUAAAAUUAAGCCUAAAAAAUAUAAACAGCAUAUAUCGAGCUUAUAUAAUUUUACUAAAUAGUAGAAAAUGCUUUCAUAAAAAAUUAUGGAAUAUUAAUAUGCCCAUAAGUGAAGAUGUAAUGAAUAUGAUAAAGGAGUACAACUCAAAAAGCACCAAACAUCGAGCCGAGUAUGUAUUAUUUGGUGAUUUAAAAAAUUAUAUAUAUGCACAAAAAAUGAAAAAUGAACAAAAUGAUAAUAACAAAAAUGAAGACAGUGGAGAAAUCAAAAAUAAUAUAAUAGCUAAAGAUUUUACCACCUCUAUAACAAAUUCAAUAAUGAACACAUUUUCUGAAACCUUUAAUUAUUCAUAUGAUAAUUUUUUUUGGAACAACAAUAAUUUAAGUAAAUCAAAUAGUGCAGAUAUUUCUAAAAAUCACAAGAAUGUAGCAGGUAAUGAUCAGAGGGAACUCCAAAAUUAUUUAAGUCAAGGUGAAGAUAAUACCUAUGAAUAUAAUAGUGAAAAGUCUGAAUCAAUUCAUAAUAACAAUAUAAUAAAUAAUGAAUGUAAAAACGAUGAACUACAUAAUUAUGAACAAACUGGAGACAGAGAAAAACAAAUAGAACAAAAUUCACACACUUUAAAAAAUAAUGAAGAAAAACAAAAUUGCAACACAGAUGAAAAUUUCAAUUCCACAAAUAGAAAGAAGGAAAAAAAUAAUAUUAAUAUUCGAAAUAGUUACGGUAGUGAACAAAAUAAUGGUAUCACUUUUGAAUCACAACUUAAGGGAAAUUUGAAAAAAUAUAUUACAUCCUUUAAUAAAAAUAUCGGAAACAGAGAAAAUUACUGUAUUUAUAUAUCUAGCAGUGAUGAAGAGGAUGAACUAGAAAAAAAUACCCCGGUAAACUCUGAGAUUGCAAAAAGAGAAAAUGAUACAACAAUAGUCAAUGAAGAUGGUUCUAAAAGAAAGGAACAGACUCCAAUGAAAAAAAAAAAUGUUUUAAUAAAUUACUACGAAAAUCGGAACUAUUUAAAAAGGAAGUUUAACAAAUUGGAACAACUAAAUAAACGUUAUAAUUUUAUUAAUCAAUUUAAAAAUAUACAAAGCUUAAAUAUAAAUGAUAAUUUAUUACACUGGAUAGAAAUGUUGAAAUUCUUAAAAGAAGAUCCUCCGCAAGUUAUAUUAUCAAAAGAUAAUAAAUUUGUUGAAAAUUUUGAUUUUUUUGAAUCAUCACUCGUAUGUUCUUUAACUGUUAUAAAAUUAGUGUCUUUAAAAUUAAAUAUUAGAAAGUUGCAUAAAAUGGCUCGAAAUAGUAUGUUGAUUGAUUCGGAAACUUAUCAGAAAAAUGUUGGGGAUGAAUCGAAUAGCCGCCUUAACAGAGACAAAAUAAUAGAGGAUGAAAAUACACAUGAACAUAAAAUAAUGGAAGAAAUGUAUUAUAUGCACUUAUUAUAUAUAUCAACAAAGCUAGAAGCUCUAUCAUCGACAAUUACUAAACAGUUAUCUACAUAUUUGCAAGGGGAUAAAACGGACCUACAUUUUCCUAUAAUUAAAUCAUUGUCAAUUCUUUCUAUUUUGAAACCGUAUUCCUAA